CUAAAAUCAGCCUCGAAAUUGAAUAUUAAAUGGACGUGUCUGCACUUUCGGAAGCAACUUUUAGUCCCGCAGACUGGAUAAAUGCCAACUACAAAAAGUAUAUAGAGGAGAAUGGAAGCAAAGACGGCGACGCGACGUCUUUUAUUCAGAGCUACGUGGCCAAGCUGCAGCUGUAUGUUCAGCAGGUGAACUACGCCGUGGAGGAGUCCAGUCGGCAGGUGGUAUCGAGCAUGCCGCGCAUUGCCAAGGAAUCCACCACCUUGCACAGCGACGUGAGCCAGCUGCAGGAGAAGAUGAGUGCCAUGCGACAGGAGGUGGCCGCCGUGCAGAAUGAGACGGGCGAAUGCAUGGCAACCUUGGAGCGGCUGAACACGUUGCAAACGAAGCUGCAGGCAGCCAAGGAGUCCCUGCAGGAGUCGGAUGGUUGGGGCAACCUAUUAGCCGAGCUGGAAGACGGAUUCGAGCGCAACGAUUUGAAGGGUGUUUGCGAGAAGCUCAUAGCGCUGCAAAAGUCCCUGCACGCUCAGGAACAGCUGCCAGGCCAUGCUGAGCGUCUCACUCAGGUCGAGGACUUCAAGAACCGCCUGGAAGCCCUGGCCUCGCCCAGCGUGGUUCAGUGCUUUGCGGAAUCCAAUUUGGAGCAGGCUCAGCACUAUGUACAGAUUUUCGCCAGCAUUCAACGUUUGCCACAGCUCCAGCAAUACUAUCGUGCUGUCCAAAAGAAUCUCUGGCAGCAGCAAUGGAAGCAAACGCUGGAGCUGCAGGGGACGGAAACGCAGCCGCAGCAGCAGCAACAAUUUCUCACACUCUACUACGAUCAGCUCCUCGAACAUUGCCAGCGGCAGGUCAAGUGGUGUUCGAAUCUGUUCAGUGAAGAAUCGACCCAGCCUUUCCUAGUCAUCGCCGAGCUCUUGCCUGCCCUUCAGCCCACGCGGGAUGCCCACAUUUUGCAGCUGCUGAAGACUUCCAAUGAGAGAUUGGAGCUGCUGGGACUAUUCUCGCAGGUCAACCACAGUUUCGUCCUGCAUUUGAACUCUCUGCUGGAGCAGUCGCACAUCACACUAUCCGAUGAGUUGCAUCGGCAGCUGGGCGAGGCGGUGUUUGAAUACUUUCACAAAUUUAUACAACAGUAUCCGCGAUUGGAGGAAACUCAGUUGUCGACCCAGGUGGAUCGCUUGCUAUCGAAUCAGUCCACGCCCAGCGAUGCAGUACGUCAUCUGGAGGAGAGCACCCGCAAGCUAUACGAGUGGCUGAAAGAGGCCUGCGAACGCUGCUCUGCCAUUACCAGCGAUUUGGCCCUGUGCAAGCUGAUAACCCUUUUGAAUGGAAUCUUUAAGCGUCAGCUGGAGAACUUCGGGCGUAUCCAGCGGCAGCUGGGCCUCAGCCUGGGCUCCAGCAGCUACGCAGCGCAGAGCGAAAAUUGGUCAUUGCUGCAGUACACGAUGUCCCAAUUGCAAUGCCUCGCCGACUUUCAAGUGCAGCUUCAUCAAUUCGAGCACGAUCUGCACGCACGCAUGGCCACAUUAGCUGCUAAGCUGACGAAACAGUCGAGUCGGGGGAAUAUUACUAUAUUCCAAACCUGCGACCACGCAGCACGCACCCAAUUACUGAACGCCAUUGCUGACUAUCAGCAGAAGAAGGCGGAGGCCACCGAAAGCCUGGGCAUUUUUCCGCAGAUCUAUGCCGCGUUGAAAUUACAAUUUAGCGAAACUCACGAUAUAACUCUCAACAUAUUGCUGCAGCCCAUCGAGACGCACCUGGCGCACAUUCGGCCAGCAGCGGAGACUCAUCCCUCAACGGGCAUCGACAUGCCAUCCUUUAGUUUUGCUCCCCAAGAAAGCAUCACCCAAAUUGGACAAUAUUUGUUGACCCUACCCCAGCAUCUAGAGCCGUUGCUGCUCGCGCCCUCGGCUCUUCUGAAACAGGCCUUAGAGGUGUGCAACGUCAAGUACACACAGGCCAUACCCUGUGCCGAUGUCUUGCUCUCGCUGGUUGUUGAACAGUGCUGCAUUUUGUAUCAGGCACAGAUACUGCAAAUCAAGACUCUGCCGGCCUCGGCCGCCAAACAACUCAGUGUUGACAUUGAGUAUCUCUCGAAUGUCCUGGAGGAACUUGGACUGUCCAUCAACCUGCAAUUGUCACAGAUCCUCACAUUGCUCAAAGCCGCACCAGAUCAGUACUUGACCCUGAGCAGCGGCUGUGAGCCACGUCUGGUGACUGCCAUUCGGCAAAUGCGCAACAUUAUAUCUACCCAGUAGCUCUCCAGCGAAAAAGCUUAAGCCCAAAAUGUAUUUAUGUAUAUAAAUAAUGGAGUUCAGUCAUA